AUGGUGAGGGGGUGAAGUUGUCAUGUUUGGGCGGUAGUUUGAGCAGAUCUAUGUUUAUGUAUGGAGGAUGGAACGUCAAUAAGGAAUAAGUGAAAUAAGAGAAAAAUAUUAUGAGAGAAGUCAAUCUUUUGCUGAGGUAGAACGGCCAGGACUACCUUGGUUUAACAGAUCAGUCAUCAGAAGUAAUAAAAUUUACUGUCAGAUAACCCACUGAGCGAUCUCUCUAGAGGGUUGUUGAGGAGAGGAAUGCUGCGAUACGUCUCAAAGUGUUGACUCUUCCAAACUGCAGCGCAUCAAUAUCAAGAUUGAAAUAAUAUUGAGUAAAUACUUGAACCUGAAGGAGGAAGCAGUACGAGCAUCUAAGACAUAUUUGAAACACUUGGCACUAACAAAGACAAGAAAGUGUUUAACAUCAUGUCUAUGGACAUUAAUGCAUUUGCCCGAUCAUUAGGACUUGUACCCACUCCCAGAGUAAGAUUUUUGAAAAAAGGAAUGAAGAGAGCAUUGGGCCAGAUGGCAGUUAAAUCUGAAACUAAUGAAGCAGAGCAGGUAUCUGACUUAGCAGAAAGACCUGAGCUCACAACACUAGAUAUUAGAGCAGGUGACAGUGAUGAAGAUGAUGACGACAACUUCCUUAAGAUCUCUGAACACCAGCAUGAAUUCACUGACGAUGAUAAAAUGAUCAUGAAGUCCACAGACUCCAGAACAAAUUGUAAGAAGCCAAUAAUGAAAUUUGAUAUUGUCAAAAAACUGAAGAGGAAGAACUUGCUGGUUAACCAAAGAGUGAUAUUUGAUGAUGAAAUGUUACUGGAUCCCACAUAUCAGCAGGCAGACAAUAAGCAGAUAUAUGGUUGGAAUUGAUAUUACCAGGUUUCAGGACAUCAUGAAAGAGGAAGAUCACCUUGAUAAAAAGUUAAAUGCUACAAAGCUAAUAGAAAAAGGGGG